ACUCUCUAGGGUUUGAUAAUUAAAUCGAGAACAGUUGUAGAGAAAACGAGUGUUCAUCUCUUCGUUCGUAACUCUCUCCUUUGUGCUUAUCUUCCUCGUUCAACCAGAAUCGAUCUCAUGGCACCUCCACCAGGACCUUAUUCUGGCACCAGCACCCUAGCUUUGGUCGCUAGAGCUUCUGCUUUCUCUUUCGGUGUUGUUUACGGAUCCAUUAAGCUCAAGUUUCUAAAGUCUAAAGCCAAGUCUCAACAGAAAGCUGAGGCCAAGGCUCAUCACUGAAAGUAGUGAGAUGGAUGGAGCAGAAUACCCAAAUAAUUCAUGACGUGGAACUGUACCAUGUUUUCUCCCAAUUUUUUCCUUCUGAUUUAAGCUUUAGUUAAUCAUAAGCAUUGAGUUUAGUGCAUUGUGAUAAUGUUCAAAUUAAGAUGAUUUUACCUUGUUUUAAUAACUACCUUGUCUCAGUUUGAGUUUCAAGUUUAUAUUGCGAGGGCCGGCUAUAUAGUAUUUUUUUUCUUA